CCAUUCCUAUCUACUAUAUCUUCUGUUGGGACAUAUCUCUCCAUCGGCUGAUCAGAUAGAUGCGGUAUAUCGUUUUUGUCUAGCGGUCAGCGCGUCGACGUUUGCUCUUUCCUUCCACCAAACCCAUGAACUUCCUACCGGCAUGUUGACCAACAUCUUCACGCCAUUCUCAACAACUUCCAACACGCAUCGACUUCGAGUCAUCGGGAGCCCAGGAAUGGACGCUACCGGGCUACAAAAACUAAGAAGCUUUCAAAAGCACUCUACACGAUAAGUCCCGAAACAAUGUCUAACUGCUCCUCAUAAACUUCUCAAAGGCAUAGACUUCGAGUCAUCUGGAGCCCAAAAUAGACCCCGACCCCAACGAAUGCUAGCAUACAUUGAAUCCACAAAGCAUAUAUCAACCACUGUGUUGAAUAUGGUCCCUGCCUACAUCACUGUAGGAUCGUUAUGGGAUGGUGGUAUUGAUAUGGAAAAGCCAAGUACAGAAAAUCUGUGCUUCUGGGGGAAACACAUUCUAACUGCUUCAUCAUCCAAUAGAGGCACUCCCAGCACACUGCUCGGCUCCCACAUAUACCAUAACCGGCAAGAGAACGUGGAGGUUAUCGCGGAAGAACACUCAAACAUUGUAUCUCCCAAGCCAAACCUCAAAAUCCAGACACCAAAAGCUGUUUCCACGUACAAGAAAGGAAGAAGGAAGCAGCUUCGGGGGUCUCAAGCAUCAUACAGUUUGAGUACUGUCAUUAGAGAGUCAAGAUCUUCUCUCUUUCUCUGGUUGAUCCUGACCGCGACCUCUGGUGAACUGGACCUUACAGUCCUAGUCAAACUAGCCGAACUUCUCUAA